UGAAAAUUGCAACGCGAAAAGGCGUAAGUUCAGUAAAAGAGUUGCGAUUUGUAGCUAGCUUACUGAAAGAAUGGUAAACGGAUACUGAGCACUUUCGGACACUGAAAGGAUUGGUGAUCAAACCUGAACGCAAGAUGGCCCAAUUACUGCGUGGAUGGUCGAGUAUUGACCCCCGGUUCAAACAUAUUCGACCGGUUGUGUAUACAGUGAGCCGGUUGAACUUUUCGGGUUUCACUACCGGGAACAAUGGUGGCACAACUGGUGGCGCAUCCGGUCCGGGGACGGCUUGGUCAUGGUACAAUUAUUACCGCCAGCAGGAAUUUCUACGACCACCGAACGCCAGUGGGUGGCAGUAUUCACAUCAGCAUCGGAAUUACGGAAUGCUGCUCGGCCGUGUGUUACGAGGCGUCCUGAAGCUACGCUAUCUGGUGUUGGGCGGUGCCAUCGGUGGUGGUGUCACGCUGAACAAACGCUACGAAGAGUGGAAGGAUGGCCUGCCGGAUAUGAAAUGGUUGGAGGAGGUUCUACCCGACAACGAAAAGUGGGCGAAUUUCACCAAAAGUCUCUUAACUGUGAAAGAUGCCGUAAAGGACUCGAUCGAAAUAGAUCCGCGGUUAAAGCAACUCAGCGAGCAUAAAAUAAACGAAUGGCGUCAAUGGUUCGACCAACGAUUGGAUAAUGCAAUCGAAGCUGCCGAAACGCAACAAAACCCUCAAAUUGAGAGUUCCUUCCAGAAUUUAUCAGAGUUUAUCUCUGAGCUAUACGGAGCUACCAAAGAUGAGCUGCGGGCAAAGAACACGGUCAAUGCAAAGGGUCUCGGUGCCGAAGAGAGUCGUAAACGUGUCGAUAGCCUGCAGGCACAGGUCGACUCGCUGCAGACGGAAAUCAUGAACGUGCAGCUGAAGUACCAGCGUGAGGUGGAAAAGCUGGAGAAGGAAAACCGGGACCUCAGGCAGCAAUUCCUAAUCCUGAAGACCAAUCGCAAGCAGCCGACGAAGAAGCGCAUCAAGAAAUCGCUAAUCGACAUGUACUCGGAGGUGCUGGACGAAUUGUCCGGGUACGACACGACGUACACGACCGCCGACCAUCUGCCCCGGGUGGUUGUGGUUGGCGAUCAGAGCAGUGGAAAAACGUCGGUACUCGAGUCGAUCGCUCAGGCGCGUAUAUUUCCGCGCGGAAGUGGCGAAAUGAUGACGCGCGCCCCCGUUAAGGUGACCCUUUCGGAGGGUCCGUAUCAUGUGGCCCAGUUUCGCGACUCGGAGCGAGAGUACGAUCUAACCAAGGAAAGCGAUCUGGCCGAAUUGCGGCGGGACGUGGAGAUUCGCAUGCGUAAUUCGGUACGGGGUGGCAAAACGGUCAGCAUGGACGUCAUCUCGAUGACCGUCAAGGGCCCGGGCUUGCAGCGGAUGGUGCUCGUCGAUUUGCCCGGUAUCAUUUCGACGCAAACGGUCGACAUGGCGCCGGACACGCGCGAUCAAAUCAAACACAUGACCGAGCACUACAUGAGCAACCCGAAUGCUAUCAUCCUUUGCAUACAGGACGGUUCGGUUGACGCGGAAAGGAGUAACGUAACCGACCUAGUUUCGCAGUGUGAUGCACUUGGCAAACGUACAAUUUUUGUGCUCACCAAGGUGGAUCUGGCGGAGGAUCUGGCAGACCCGAAUCGCAUUCGAAAAAUUCUCUCCGGCAAGCUGUUUCCCAUGAAGGCGCUCGGCUACUUUGCGGUCGUCACGGGCCGUGGACGUAAAGAUGACAGCAUCGAAACGAUACGCGAAUAUGAGGAAAAGUUUUUCAAAAACUCCAAACUGUUCCAAAGUGGCGUCACAAUGUCACAUCAAGUGACAACCAGAAACCUCAGUCUUGCGGUUGCAGACCGUUUCUGGAAGAUGGUUCGGGAAACGAUAGAACAGCAGGCCGAUGCGUUCAAGGCGACGCGCUUCAAUCUGGAAACGGAAUGGAAGAACAACUUCCCUCGGCUUCGGGAAUCCGGUCGAGAUGAACUGUUUGAAAAAGCCAAAGGGGAGGUGUUGGACGAGGUCGUAAACUUGUCGCAAGUGUCGGCGAAGAAGUGGGAAGAACUGUUGAACAGUAAGCUGUGGGAAAAACUGUCCAGUUACGUUUUUGAAAACGUGUACCUACCAGCAGCACAAUCCGGAUCACAGAAUUCAUUUAAUACGAUGGUUGACAUUAAACUUCGCCAAUGGGCUGAACAGGCGCUUCCGGCAAAGUCAGUUGAAGCCGGCUGGGAAGCACUGCAGAAGGAAUUCCAGCAUCUCAUGGAGGUUGCCCGUAAGACACCGGACCACGACGAUCUGUACGACAAUUUGAAGAGUGCUGUCAUCGAUGAAGCGAUCCGGCGGCACUCGUGGGAGGAUAAGGCCAUCGAUAUGCUGCGUGUGAUCCAGCUCAAUACACUCGAGGACCGGAGUGUGCAUGACAAACAGGAGUGGGAUCAGGCGGUGCGUUUCUUCGAGGCAUCCGUUAAGGAGAAGCUGCUAACGACGGAGAAAACGAUUGCAGAAAUGUUCGGUCCGAGCACUAGUCAAAAGUGGCUCCAGUGGCGCUCGUCCACCGAGGAGCAGAACAAACGCCGCCAGGUGAAGGGUGAGCUCGAUAAGAUACUGGACAGUGACACCAAACACUCGCCAACACUCAGCUAUGACGAGCUGACGACGGUGCGGAAAAAUCUUCAGCGCAGCAACGUGGAAGUGGAGACGGAUUACAUCCGGGAAACGUGGUAUCCCAUCUACAGGCGGCAUUUCCUGAAGCAAGCACUGAAUCGUGCGUACGACUGCCGGAAAGCGUACUAUCUGUACUCCCAGCAGGGCAACGAUUGUGAAAUCAACUGCAGCGACGUGGUGCUAUUCUGGCGCAUCCAGCAGGUCAUCAAGGUAACGGCGAAUGCCCUGCGCCAACAGGUCAUCAAUCGCGAAGCGCGACGGUUAGACAAAGAAAUCAAGGAAGUGCUGGACGAGUAUGGUGAGGAUGACGAGAAGAAGCAGCAACUGCUUACCGGCAAACGAGUGCAACUAGCAGAAGAAUUAAUUCGCGUGAGACAAAUUCAGGAAAAAUUGGAAGAAUUCAUAAAUGCCCUUAAUCUAGAGAAGUAAUACAUUCGAUGGUUUUUGCAACAAUAGAGAAAAAAACGACUCGUACCUAUUAUUCCGGGGUUAAAUACUCUCCUAUUCUUACUUGGAACAACCGCAAAGUUGUGACAAGGAAUAAUGAAUAGGCACAUGAAUAAGUGAGAACCUUAUUCAAAGAAUCAUUGUGGUGUCCUUGCAGGAUUAAGAAUUAUUAUAUUCUCAACACUUGCUUACGCUUAGCUAAUCGUAUCUAAACGAAUCAGUGAAAUGAAUCAUAACACCGAAAAAGUAUUUGGAUAAAAUUCUUUUCAACCACAGUUCCUUGUCUCAAACAUUGAAUGCCCAUUUCGCUAACGGAGACCACCGCGCCCCCGCUAUCGUCAUGGUAUCGAACUGUUGCACAAAACGAUCAUCCAAUUUGUCAGCGAAACCGUACCCAAAAUGUGUGAUUAUGUGGCAAAUAAAACGAAAAUUCUUGGUAAACUUGGUAUGUCCAAAGUA